AUGCUGCGAUCCCUUCCUCCAAUCUGCAAAGUAUUUUUGUCGGUGGAAUACGUUUUACAGUACUGGGAACGAUUGGAAUCUGUUCAAGAACUGCCCUUGACAUGGCUACCUCGGGAUGGGGAUACUUUAUCGCUCGCAGACCAUGAACUACCAUCUAGACUGCUCAUUAAUGGCGAUUGGACACAUUUACAUCGUUGUGCUGUUGCCAUCCACCAACUGCUGGCCUUAUGCCCGCAAGCAAUACCCAUCUACAGCCGUGGGAAAUGGGCACAAGAUGUUGCAAGGAUGGUGCAUAAGAUGGGACCUACUGACAUUGAUCAACAAUCUCCUCCACUUAAAUUAAAUCGACUGGUGAUAAUUGACCGUUGGGUGGACCCUCUUACUCCGCUAUUGCAUCAACUCACGUAUGCUGGCAUCCUGGAUGAAAUGUAUGGUAUAGGCAUGGUUGGUUCCAUUAAGGUGAGACAACUACUGUUGAGUUCAUAAUU